UCUAACACCACUUGCUCACGAGAACCCUAAACCCAGUUAUCACUUUCACUUCUUCGUUAUUCCCUCUAAAACCCUAAAAUUCUCACUCUGUCUACAUCUUCCCAUUCUCUCUCUACCUUUCUCUUCUCUUUCGUUUCAACGAUACAGUUUUUUGCUUUAAUCAUUUGGUGAAUUGCUCGUAGGCGAUGGGUAGAGGAAGAAAGGGUCCAAAGGGUGACAGCAGAAACCCUAAGAAAAGAGCCACAAAACACGACGUUGCGCCUGACUACGACAUGAUGGACGACGAAAUCGACGCAUUUCACAAGCAGAGGGAUGUUAUCCCACUCAACAUUAGUGAUGAUAUUGGGGCAUCAGAUGAAGAUGAUGAACACCUUGUAUUUGACAUUCAGGAUGAGGAGGAGGAAGAUGAAGACAUUGACGAUGACACUCGUCUUACUGGCACUGCUGCAAAAAUGGCGAGGACACAGAGAUAUUUACAUGCCAAGAUUGGUGGGGUUGAGGAUGAAAUGCACGAUGAUGUUGAAGAUGAGGAAAAACAAAGGGUUGUAUGGCGUAGAGGUGAUAUGUAUAAUGCAGAUAAUAUGGAUUAUGAGCUUCAAUCAAGUGAUGAGGAUCAGCCUGCUGCUGAGGAGGCAGAGGUGUUAAGAUUGCGAAAGGAAAAUGCAAAAUCUUUAUCCUUGGAAGACUUUGGCCUUGAAGAUGUUAGUCAAGAUGAGAGCAACGGAGAGCCAACAUUGGAGGAGGUUCUGGUCAAAGGGAAAGCUGCACCAAAAGCUUCAGCUGGCAGAGAAGCUCAUGAUGGCCCUGGUUCAGUUUAUCAAGAAGUUGAGAAAGAUUUGAAUGCUUUGACCAAGGAAGAGCAAAUGGAUGUUGUAUAUAGUUCUGCUCCAGAAUUAGUUGGUUUGUUGUCAGAGCUGAAUGAUGCAUUUGAAGAGCUAGAAAAUAAAGUCAACCCACUUCUGAGAAAGGUUAAAGAAUGGGGAAACGCAAUGAAAGGAGGCAUGCAUUACAUGGAGGUGAAACAGCUGCUGCUUCUUGCGUAUUGCCAAUCUAUUACCUUUUAUCUUCUUCUCAAGGCUGAAGGGCAGCCAGUUCGUGAUCAUCCGGUCAUUGCUCGCCUGGUGGAGAUUAAGAAUUUAUUAGACAACUUAAAACAACUUGAUGGGAAUCUUCCAUCUGAACUUGAGGAUAUUUUGAGCAAGAAAGACCAAACCGUGUUGAAAUCUCUGAGAGAGGACGUUGCGCCUACAUCUGAUUCUUUGAACAAUUUUAACAAGCCAGUUGUAAGACAAGGAGCAACAGUUAUACCUCAUGAAGAAAUUCCCAAACUAAUGGUGGACUCUUCCAAGGAUAUUGAGAGCAAUCGAAAAAGGCGCAAGCAUCUGACUCAGAGUGAUCACAUUGGUGUACAGAGCAUGGAAAUGUUAAAAGUAAGAGCUGCUCUCGAAGAAAAGUUGAAACAAAAGUGUAUUUUUGGCUCCAUUGCCUCAAAACGUGAUAAAGUUCAGAAACGGUCAAGACUGCUGAAUGGACAACUUGAGACAAUAGAUGAUUUCGAUGAUGAUGCUGCAGAUCUGGGUAAAGGCACUGCUGGGAUGAGCAAGGGGCAUGCAACGUCUAUGAGUUCAAGCAAACCAUCCCAACUAGUAAUUCGUCAAUCGAAAAAGACCAAGAUUAUUUCUGGUGAUGAUGAUUUGCCAAAGCGGGAUGACAUUGGAGAAAGGCGAAGGAAGCACGAGCUCCGGGUUCUUGCAGGAGCUGGAGUUGAGUCUGGUGAUGAGGUCGGAGAUGGGCCUGGCACUCUUGGGAGUGAUGAAGAUAAGAACAUGGAGUUUGGAGAAUCUGAAUCAGAAGAUGAUUUGUACAAACAAGUAAAACAGCAACGUGCUUCAAAGCUUGCUGCGGCCAAAUCAAAGAUAACUGCAGCAAUACCGCCUAUGCCUGAAGAAGCCCUGGUGGAUGGGAAGCGCCAUAUUACAUAUCAGAUGGAGAAGAACAGAGGAUUGACUCGUGCUCGCAAGAAGGCGAAAAAGAAUCCAAGGAAGAAUUACAAGAAUAAGCACGCGAAGGCAGUGGUGCGCAGGAAAGGGCAGGUGCGGGACAUCAAGAAGCCAGCCGGUCCUUACGGUGGGGAAGCUUCUGGAAUCAAUGCAGGUAUCAGUAGGAGCAUCCGAUUCAAGAGUUAACAAGAUAGCGGGCUUGGUCAUGUGAUGCAGAAUGUUCCAGAAAAUUUUGUCGAAGUUUUGGUCUGUGUAAGUUACUCGUUCCAGGAUCAGCAGGAAUCCAAAAACUAAUUUCCCGGAAUAAGUGUCUGCAGCUUGGACUUUACUGAGUGAAUGUCUUUAGGCUUCAAUUUGUGGGAAAUAUAAUCCCCUAUUGAAAUACUUAUUUCUCAUGUGAGUUUCAAAUUAUUCGCCACGAGCUUAAGUUUCUUGAUA